UCAAACUAAAUUCAAAUCAAAUCCAUCCUUACUUGCAGAUUUUAGCUUCCUUGAUCAAACUCCUAUAAAUGGUGAAAAAAAGAACGAGAUCAAAAUUCAUACCAGCAUCAUCAUCAUUUAUCAUUCUCUUUUCAGCAACCAUGAAAUCUUCAGGAGCAUUAGCUACCCUUGUGCUUCUGAUCCUACUUCUCGCCACAACUUCAGAGGCUGCAAUUUCAUGCAGUGAUGUGAUCAAGGACUUGAGGCCAUGUGUGAGCUACUUGGUGAGUGGCAGUGGACAGCCACCAGCUGCUUGUUGCUCAGGAGCUAAAGCUCUUGCCUCUGCUGCAACAACCUCAGAGGACAAGAAGGCUGCUUGCAACUGCAUCAAAUCCACUUCCAAGAGUAUCAACAUUAACUCACAACUGGCUCAGGCUCUUCCGGGGAACUGUGGAAUAACCCUUCCUGUGGCUAUCUCUCCCAAUGCUGAUUGUUCCAAGGUUGGUUGAAACUUGGAAUUGGAGGGUGUUGCAGAGCAUGCUGAACAUUUUUCUGCUACAUAUGUAUGGAUGUAUAACAUAUUCUGUAAUAAACAGGAAUCUACCUACGUGGAUUUCUUUACUAAGUCCAUCUUUUUGUUUAUAAUAUGUUGCCUGAAUGUUGUUUCCAAUCUACCUUGAUUGUAGAGCCACCUGCGGCGCCUUUUAAUUAAAAUUCACAAAUGUUAUUUUGCUAUCUACUAUGUGAAGGAUAGCGUUCAAGUUAUUUGUAUGCCAAUAAUAGUAUUCAAACUAAAUAAAAACAUAAGGAGUUGGGUGUUA